CAUGAGAACAGGAGAUUAAAAAGAUGCCAUCUCCACCUCGAAGCAGAAGUCGACUGAACCGUCACAUCAGAGAGACGCUCUCAUCAGGACUGCAGCAGGACUUUGUUCAGGACCAAAGGAAACAUAAUCGAGGAUAUGGAGGAAAUCACAGGAGAAGCUGACUAUGUGAAUGCACCAGAAGGCCCUGCGGAUAAAAAGGCAACGCGUCCAGAGGACACCAAAAAAGGAUCUGCACCAGAAGGCACCGUGGAUACAAAGGCAUCCCCUCCAGGCUUGAGGUUUGUUCUUCCGAUAGCAGUGUGUUGGAUCAUACUGUUAGCCAUCAUGGGUCUCCGUAUCUACUACAACGCCAAGCAGACUGCAGAAAUCAAGACGCUGACAUCACAGAAGGAUGGCUUGACAAAGCAAAUACAAGAAAUGGAGACGAACUGGAAUGAGCUCAACGUCAGUCGAGCUCAGUGGAGCAUCAAUGAGUACUGCAAAGAGGAUGAAGUGAAACAGUGUCGACCUUGUGAGAUGAACUGGAGAUACCGUGAGCCUAGCUGCUAUUCGUUCAAUGAUGUUGGGCCUACAAAGCGGUUAACCUGGGAAGAAGCUCGAGAAUACUGCAGAGCGCUUAAUGCAGAUCUGGCUGCCGCACAUAAUCUAACUGAAAAGAACAUCAUCAAUUAUUACAGUAUAUCAACUGAUGGAAGCUGGAUUGGCCUGAGAGUUAAAGACGGGAAAUGGAAGUGGGAAGAUGGAAGUGAUCUGACUAAUAGCUCCUGGGUAGACCCACCUACUGAGGGUCACUGUGCAAUCUCUGUCUUGCGCAUACAAACAUGGUUAUCAGUGAGCUGUGAUCAGAAACAACAAUGGAUCUGCCAGAAGAAAGCUCUAUCUGUUUAAACACUGCAGUCUACUUACUCUUACAUUUUCUUUUCUUUGACUUUUUCAGAGAUGCAGU